CUUGAUGCCUGUCCAAAGUAACUGGAAGUGGUGGAAGUUUGGAGGGGCCGCCAUCUUGGUCCCAGCGCUCCACGUCCCCAACACCGAGGUUGCUUUAUCGGCAACACCUCGCGGCACUCUCUAAGGCCGAGCCAGGUGCUAUGGAAGAGCUGCACAGUUUGGACCCGCGUCGGCAGGAGCUCCUGGAGGCGCGUUUUAUGGGUGGAGUCAGUGGCAGCACAGGCGGCAGUACUGGCAGCACCAGCGGGGGAACCAGGGCCUUGACCAACAACGAGUGUUCCAACCACAGCUUUGGCAGCCUGGGUUCCUCCAGUGACAAGGAGUCGGAGGGCUCGGACGUGAAGAGGGGAGCUUCUCCCGCGUACUCGACUCCCGAAAAGAAGCAGUCAGAGUCAUCCAGAGGUCGCAAGAGGAAAGCAGAGAUCCAGUCUGAGAGUAGCCAAGGGAAAUCCAUCGUUCGGGGAACCAAAAUUAGUGACUAUUUUGAUAUACAGGGUGGUAAUGGGUCCAGUCCUGUUCGAGGUUUACCACCAGUUAUCCGCUCUCCCCAGAAUUCACAUUCCCACUCGGCACCAGGAUCUAGUGUCAGACAGAAUAGCUCCUCACCCACCAGUCUGUGUUUCGGAGACCACAUGAUGCACCCUAAACAGGUGGCCGUAAAGAGCAUCCAGACUGAGCUCACCAUACUGAAGCUGGCUGCUCUGGAGAGCAAUAAGAACCUGGACCUGGAGAAGAAGGAGGGCAGGAUAGACGACCUGUUACGGGCAAACUGUGAUCUCAGGAGACAAAUAGACGAACAACAGAAACUACUUGAAAAAUACAAGGAACGCCUUAACAAGUGCAUCACCAUGAGCAAGAAGCUCCUCAUGGAGAAGAGCACGCAGGAGAAGCAGGCCUGCAGAGAGAAGAGCAUGCAGGACCGUCUGCGUCUGGGCCACUUCACCACCGUCCGUCACGGUGCCUCCUUCACCGAGCAAUGGACAGACGGCUACGCCUUUCAGAACCUCAUCAGACAGCAGGAGUCCAUAAACCAGCAGAGGGAGGACAUCGAGAGGCAGCGGAAGCUCCUGGCCAAGCGCAAGCCGCCAUCCUCCAGCGUGUCGCAGAGCCCUGGCGCCGGCCUCGCUGAGCCCAAGCAGCGCAAGAACAAGGCGGUGAACGGAGCCGACAACGAGCCCUUCCUCAAACCCAGCCUGCCGCAGCUGUUGACUUUAGCCGAGUACCACGAGCAGGAAGAAAUUUUUAAACUACGCCUCGGCCAUCUGAAAAAGGAGGAGGCUGAGAUCCAGGCGGAGCUGGAGCGGUUGGAAAGAGUGCGGAACCUCCACAUCCGAGAGCUGAAGAGAAUAAGCAACGAGGACAGCUCGCAGUUCAAGGACCACCCGACCCUGAACGAGCGCUACCUGCUGUUGCACCUGCUCGGACGAGGAGGCUUCAGUGAAGUGUACAAGGCGUUUGACCUCAUCGAGCAGCGCUAUGCAGCUGUGAAAAUCCAUCAGCUCAACAAAAACUGGCGUGAGGAGAAGAAGGAGAACUACCACAAACACGCCUGUAGAGAGUACAGGAUACACAAGCAGCUAGAUCAUCCACGAAUAGUUAAACUUUAUGACUAUUUCUCACUGGACACAGACACGUUUUGUACAGUUCUGGAAUACUGUGAAGGCAACGAUCUGGACUUCUACUUGAAACAGCACAAGCUGAUGUCUGAGAAAGAGGCUCGGUCAAUUGUCAUGCAGAUAGUUAACGCGCUCAGAUACCUGAAUCAGAUCAAACCACCUAUAAUACACUAUGACCUUAAACCAGGGAAUAUUUUGUUAGUAGAUGGAACAGCAUGUGGAGAGAUAAAGAUCACAGACUUUGGUUUGUCCAAAAUUAUGGAUGAUGACAACUACGGAGUAGACGGGAUGGACCUGACGUCACAAGGAGCUGGCACCUACUGGUAUCUGCCCCCUGAGUGUUUUGUUGUGGGUAAGGAACCUCCAAAGAUCUCCAGCAAGGUGGAUGUCUGGUCCGUCGGAGUUCUCUUUUUCCAGUGCCUCUAUGGAAGGAAGCCUUUUGGCCAUAACCAGUCCCAGCAAGACAUCUUGCAGGAGAACACUAUUCUCAAAGCCACCGAAGUCCAGUUCCCUGUUAAACCUGGCAGCAAUGAGGCUAAGGCAUUUAUCCGCCGGUGCCUGGCCUAUAGGAAGGAGGAUCGCUUCGACGUCCACCAGCUGGGCAGUGACUCCUACCUGCUUCCCCACAUGAGGCGCUCCAGCUCUUCUGGGAACCUGGCUGCAAGCCCCGCCUCUUCUAGCCUCAUCUCCUACUGACAACCUGCACUGUCUGCACUGACUCCCUGACUGACAGUCCUGGUGGCCUAUCCCCACCCUCCCCACCCCAGGGGCUGGGCAGGAACCCAGCGACCAAUGAAAAUGUGCGCUCGACUCCCUCAGGCUGUGGACGUUGGGGAUUUAUGUGGCUCGAGCUUCAGUUUGGAUCACCACCAAGUGUAGAGGAUGAGGAGGCGGGGUUUGGGAAAGAGUGAACCUUAAUGCAGCAAGCGUGUUGCUUAAAAACACCCUUGAAGUAUAAUGGCCUUUGAAGAUUCUGUGGAAGCACUGCUACUAUAAGUACCUUAAAAUGUGAUUUGGGGGGGGUGGGGUUGGUUGGUUGUUUGGGGUUUUUUUUCUCUUUUUUGUGGCAGUUGACUUGAGGGGAUGUGAAGACCUGCAUCCCGCCAUACGGAUAAAUUGAUGCGUGGUCUCUGCCAGGUUUGUAACGACUAAACCCAUGCAUCAGAGAGACACUUGUUCGUUAAAGGGACCUACAUUGUUUUGUAGGUGUCUACAGAUUUUACUAGGGUAUCUAAAGAUUUCAGCUCAGUGAUAGUGUUUUGAAUUUUGGAAGGAAGUGUUAGCUCUUUUCUUUGUACAAUUAGCUAUGAUAAUGUAAUUAUAGCAUACAUACGUGACAUGUAGUGUCACCAUAGGGCCAGGCAGCAUAUUAAUAAUGUUCAAUGCACAAAAUAACCAAAUGUAGACAAAUUACAAUGUACAAAAUCCUAUUCAGGAUAAAGAAAGAGAAUCCCUUCUAGAGAGUUAUGUAUAUUUGCUGUACAGGAACUUAAUUUCAGAUAUUAAAUUUCCACAGAUACAUGCUGUACAAACAUUUAACAGUUUUCCCCUUUCCUGUAAAUUUGUUUUCCCAGAGUGUUUGCUGCUUUGAUGUUGCUUUUUUUUUUUUUUUUUUUUUUUUUUUUUUUAAAAGGACAAAAUACGGAAAAAUGGCUGUAUGAACUACUUUGGGUACAGUUGUACAGUUCUGUUAAAAGAAUAAAUGAUUAAUGCGAGGAAAUUAUA